GAAAGGAGGAAGAGGAGGAGUGGGAGGAGCAUGUCACCGUUGGAGACCAAUGACAGGACAGGUAACAACAGGUGAGACGAAAACAAGCACACGCACACGUACACGCGCGUGCGCACGCACGCACGCACGCACGCAAACAGGGAGCGCGACGGGAAGAGGCUCCUUGGACCGAAGAUCCGGGACGGGAACUAGAGAAGCGAUCCGGAUCCGUUUGGAUUAUUAUUGAGAGGUUAAGAAACCCUUAAACAUACAUUAAGUAUAUAAAGACUUACUGGAGUUAGUGUGACAGCUUAAAACAACCACUAAAGGGUUAAAGUUGGAGCCACCUGCUGCUGCGUCGACGUGGAGCUCUGGUCUGGACGCGGUCUCCUCCUCGGCAACAAUGCGUCCCCAAACCCGGCCCAGCAGGAACUAGUCCGGUCUCUGGUGUUCUUCCUUCUCUCGUAACCCCCCUGAGCGGCGCACUGCAGCGGCACCAUGAGCGGCUCGGAGGGCCUGCGGCCGGCAACGUCCGGCAGGAAGCCGCUGGGCAAGCUCGCCACCCGGCUGGAGCAGGUGAAGAACCCGUGGAGGCAGGUGACCACGCUGGAGCUCAGCCACAACGAGGCGGCGCGCCUGGCCACGGACGCGCUGCUGGAGCACGGAGAGAAGGAGUACCGCCGGGUGCUGAGCGAGGAGCGAGAGCUCAGCUUCCUGUCCCCGCUGGAGGUGCGCUACAUCACGGAGCAGGCGGCCAGAGCCGGCGGCUCCGACAGCAACGGCGACGGACCCAACGACCGGGACUUCGAGGACCUGGACGCGGUGUCCGACCUCAACUCCGGCACUUACUUCCCGAUGAUGUCCGACGACGAGCCGCCGAUGCUGGAGCUCGGCUGGCCGGACUCCCCGGCGAGAUACGGGCCGUCGGAGACGCAGAUCUACUUCCAGAGGGACAAGUCCCACAACGUCAAGGACCUGAUCCGGUCCCUCAUCAACAAAGCCAACAAGGUCAUCGCCCUGGUGAUGGACGUGUUCACCGACGUGGACCUGCUGUGUGACCUCAUGGAGGCCUCCAACAAGCGCCGGGUCCCCGUCUACAUCCUGCUGGACGAGAAGAACCUGGACCACUUCACCGACAUGUGCUCCGCACUCGACCUCCAGGGCUCACACAUGAGCAACAUGCGGAUCCGCAGCACGUGUGGCGACACGUACUGCACCAAGAGUGGCAAGAAGUUCACCGGUCAGAUCCUGGAGAAGUUCAUGAUCAUCGACUGUGAAGAGGUCAUCGCCGGGUCAUACAGUUUCACCUGGCUGUCGUCUCAGGUGCACAGCAACAUGAUGAUGCAUUUCUCAGGUCGCAUCACCGACAGCUUCGACCGCGAGUUCCGCUGUCUGUACGCCGACUCUCUGAUCAUCGACUGCUUCUUCAACCCCGAGGAUGAGGGCAUGCCGUACUACCAGCCGUACCAAACCAUGAUGCUGCCCGGCGCCACGGGGCCCGGCCCGGUCACGGGAGCCGAUCUCCUCUCCGACAGGCAGAGGGACCGGGUGAGCUCUGAAAACUCCAGCAGCCAAUCAAGUAACAGCGUGUCCAGUGUGAAGGCCGCGCCCGUGACGACCUCCAACACCGUCUACAAGGUCACUCAAAGUCACAACAAGAAGGAGUCCAACCACAGCCAGCAUCACAGCCCCGAGCGGCGAGGCAGCGGACAGACGCCGACCCCUCAGGGUCACGGCGCGGCCGGAUCGCGGUCCUCCGCUAACGGGGGAAUCAACCACGGCUCGGCCAAGGACCGAUCGCCGCCGCCCUACGGUCAGCCGACGGACGCCAUGCGGUCCAAUAUAGGCGGCGCCUCCUCCAAGUUCCAGGCGUUGGGGUUGUACGACCACAAGCCGGGCAUGUUCCACAGCGCCGGGCUCGGCGGCGCCGCCCCCAACUCGAACCCCAGGACCCCGGCGCCCUCUCCGGCCAACGACAUUAAACUCACCUACCGGCAAAGGUCUGGCUCCAACCAGUUCCUCACCAAACUCUCAGACCUUUUCCUGCCCUCCUCUGGCAAAGACCCCUACAACUUCCGGAGGUCCCCUCCCCCUCUCAGCGCCGUGCCCUGGGGGGGGCCGGACCUCUCCAAACCGGAGCCGGAGAGCCAGCAGAGCCCGCCGCCGCCUCCGCCGCCGCUCUCUCCGACCGUGCUGAUGAACCGGCAGGACGAGAAGCGCAUGACGCUGGGCCACAGCAAGCUGGACCUGGUGAACCAAUACAACCAGUCGAAGUCCAAGCAGGUGUACAGCCGCUUUGAGCUGAAGACCUCCAAUUGAACCGUUUCACUGCUGCCUCCCGCUUCCAAACUCUUCCUUCCUCUUGCGUUGCCUGCGUCGUCUCCUCCAGGUCGGUGGUUGCCGUGGCAGCCGUGUUCCCCUCUGGUUCCUGAGGCCGCGUUGCCUCUUGUAUCGUGCGAGGAGCCUUCGAGGUUGAAAGUGUCAUCAUGUGUUCAAAGGUAUGAAAACGAGUGGCUAAAAGAAGUCCGGACAAAAGGUUUCAAUAAACUGGUGUCCUCUCAAAAUACGGCACAUUUUUUAAAAUUCAUGCUGAAAGGAUCAUUUGUUUUGCAAAAAUAUGAAAAAGAUGGUUAAGACUGUAAAUGUUUUUUCAUUGGAGCGAAUGAUUUUCAGAGCUGUAACUUAAUUUAGAAGAAUCCUAAAGUCAAACUGAAUUUGACAUUAUUACCUAAAAACAUAUUGCUUAUGUCAGGAGACAUCACGUUUGUUUUUGGUCAUAAUGUGAAAAGCGACCCUCAGAGACGUAUUGAUGCUUUUGUAAUGCUAAUUCAAGAUCCUAGUGGCCACUCACGGUACUGCAGCAAUACAAACCUAGAAAAGGACUCCAGAGCCUUUUGUUGUUUUUAUGUGCAUCAAUAUCCAAUGGAAAGUCAGCAGAAGAGAAACUGCACAUUUUAGU